UUUAUCAGUACGCAGGCGAUUCUACCACAAACAUGACAUGAAGGACUGCAGAAGAACACUAUAAAACAAAGUAUAGAGAGAGGCAAACACAUUACACAUAGCAAAGAGGAACACUGAACACACAAACACAAGGAGGCAAGAAUGGAGGGCAGAAAUCGUCGUCACGAACAUGAAGGUCAACAAGAACUUGGUUCCUCUACGACAGUCCAUACUGCUUUUGGCUUUCUAAUCUUAUCGCUACUCACCCUCCUCCAAGUCAAGUAUCAAAACUUCGGCAACCCAUAUCAAACACAUGGUGCAACCAUGUUGCUUUUUGUCAUAGCCGUGCUUGUUUACACCAUAGCAUUGGCAGGGAUGAGCCAAUUUACUUCCAACACAAGCUACCUCCCUCUACUCAAGUGUGUUUGUUUCAUUUUUGGAGCUUUUUCUUGUGACUUGCUGCUGCUGAUCCUUGUACCUCCCUUUGGAUGGUUCAUCCUCAUUUUAUGUGUAUGCAUGUCUGUACGAUUAAUUUGCGACUCCCACGGACAAAUUCUUCAAUGUUUUCAACAAAUUUACCAAUCGAUCAAUCAGUCUACUUCAAAGAUAUUCAACAUAUUGUGCGGCUGGUUCCAAAAUAGUUUCCGAUCAUUAUGUCAAUCAGCUUCCAGAGCAUUAAACAGUUCUUCCAUGCCAAUUGCCAACUCAAUAGAGAAACAAGUGGUGAACAGGCCAGAAAUUAAUGCUUAAUUAGUCCUGCUUGUCAGUUUAGAUUUAUAAUAUAAUUAUCAUGUCAAAGUAAGUGGCCUUGUAUUCCGAUUUGAUCUUCCUUCUACAGUUCUACACCUCCUAUCUAAGGUUAAAAACUCCACAAAUUAAUAUGCUCAUAUCAUGUUAAGCUUGUGCAACAAAUAGUUGAAUAUGUUCUGAAUCUCAUAGAUGUUAAAACAUUGCAAGGUUAGUGGAAAAGUGCAACAACUAUUAGUCAUGGUUCUUCGUAAGGCUACUGGUUGAAAAAGACAAAUGAUGUGACUCAUAUGUACGGAGAUUAGAAGAAAAAUAAUGAGGU